AGAAGGAGCCCGAGGCAGAUACGGAAGGAUCUCUGCAAAGGAAUUACAGGGAAGUCAUUUAUGCCCAUUUCCAGACCUGCUCUCCUGGCAGGCAGGAUGGGGAAGUAAAUGACCUGCUUCCCAGCUGUGAGAGCUUCCCCACAAGGAGGAAGAAAAGGGGCGAGGCUUACGGGGCUAUUUCCACGGAAAUGGAUGCUCCCCGGGGAUUCGAGGCCACGGGUGGGAACGCGCAGCAUUGAGGGUGGGGGCACACAUGAGCGCAGGCGGGGCGCGGGCGCGGGCACCACCUGCUGCAAAGCUCCGCUGGGAAGGCGAAAAGCAGAGACGUCCUGGGAAUACGCAAGGCUUUGCGCUGCAAAUCCAGUGCUACCAGUGUGAGGAAUUCCAGCUGAACAACGACUGCUCUUCCCCUGAGUUCAUCGUGAAUUGCACGGUGAACGUUCAAGAUAUGUGUCAGAAAGAAGUGAUGGAGCAAAGCGCGGGGAUCAUGUAUCGCAAGUCCUGCGCAUCCUCGGCGGCCUGUCUCAUCGCCUCUGCUGGGUACCAGUCCUUCUGCUCCCCAGGGAAACUGAACUCAGUGUGCAUCAGCUGCUGCAACACGCCUCUUUGCAAUGGGCCAAGGCCCAAGAAAAGGGGCAGCUUUGCCUCAGCCCUCAGGCCCACGUUCCCCACCACCAUCCUGCUCCUCAAAUUAGCCCUUUUCUUGGCACACUGCUGAAGCUGAAGGAGCUGCCACCCUCCUGCAUUGUUCUUCUGGCCCUUGCUCCCUGAGUUUAUUCUGAGUGUUCUUUCAUUCUGGGUAGAGAAAAGUCAGUUCUACUUUUGUUCCUUUGCAAAUAGUGAAAGAGCUUCCUGCAAAAGCAGUCCAGCUGGAUAUUUAGCGUGUACUUGAAGACAGGGAGUGGCGCUCAGUCCAGCACCCCUGCCCGAGUAAACCAGAGUCCAGGGCUGUUUGGCGGAAUCAGCCCUUAGCAGCCACCAAGGUGGGACUUGCCCUUUCAGCAGCCUCUGGCUUCAUGUCCCUGAGGGGGGCGCAGUUUAUCUUGUGGCUGCUGGGUGAGCUGCUUGGCGGGGAGGCUGGGUUCCCAAUGGAGGCUCCCUCCUUUGACCUUCAUACCUGGAGCUCCUGGAAACCAUUCUCUGCGGCAGAGUGGACCGGCUUCAUCUCCGAGUUGGACUGUGGUGACUCCUGACUCAGAGACUGGGGUGUAGAUUCGGGCAUGGCCUGGCUCUGGAAAGUGCUUAAGAAAACCUUGUUAGUUCUCCUUGCAGAGGAACCUCGCUGGGAAGCGAAGAGGAGGAGCGGGCUGCGGGCAGAGCGCGCACUGUCGGUGCCCGAGCUGCCGUGGGCGCGCAGGCGCUUCUGCUCGUUGGCGUGGGGUAGCGUCAGGUGGCAGCGCAGCACCUGCCCGAACACCUUGCGGAACUGCGACGAAGACACGUUGUACAGGAGCGGGUUUACCACGGAGCUGAGGUAGAAGAACGUGUCGGCGAAGGGGAGCAGGUUCAUGUAGGCCCGUAAGUAGGACUUGCUCCAGUCGUGCUUGGGCUUGGCUGCAGCCAUGAUCCUGCGAAUCUGGUUCGGCAUCCAGCAUACGGCUAAUGUCACAACGAUCAACCCUGAGCAGGUGAGGGGGCGGGGAAGAGAGAAGCAGCAUGAGAACAAAAAUAAACAGCAACAACAAAAAAUCAUGAAAUAUUUAGCCCCUCAGUUCUGUGCUUACUGGCCAGGAAAUGGUACCAAUUUAUCAAUGUUGUGCUUGACAGCUUCUUUUGCCACCGGCAAGAGAAUUUAACGCAGCUUCAAGCUCGGGGGAGUUGGCUCUGUUAAAGACCAUUAAAUGCUUUAGACAGUGUAUUUAUACCUGUUGAUGCCUGUUAAUUUUAAAAAUCUUUUCAUUGUUGCCUGUGUAUCCAGAAAAUAUUUUAUGUUGUCCAUAAACCUGGGUUUGUCUUUUUGUUUUAAAGAAAUAGAUGUAUACAUAUGGUACAGCCAUAUUAGAUGAAACACGACUUGUAUUUUUAAAAAUGUCUGCAUAAAGAAGACCCAGUGAUAUUUUGAAGUCAAAUGAGAGUAAUUUUCCCUUUGGUAAUGAAGAAGCACAUUUAACAACGCUGACUUUGCAUUUGGUUUCAAGGAAAGCAAAAUCAAGGACAGUGCAUCCCCAAGAACGUUUCUGGAUAUACAUGUGCUAGGUGUGCACACCUCUGGUCAUGAUGCGGAUAGCUGCCAAGAGCACUUCUGCUUCAGUUCAGUCACUCUUAGCUGCAUCAUCUAUUCCACCUUCGUGUGUGUGUGUGUGUGUGUGUGUGUCUGUGUGUGUGUGUGUGUGAAUUAUCUCAGAGCAACCACAGAAACUUCUAGUCUAGCUAGAAAUAUGCUCACUGCUUCUGUGGCACUAAACCUCAGCAUUGGCAGCCUGAAACUAUCAGGCCUUGAGGAGAGACGUUGCUCACUGUCCCCCACCCUACCCCCAUGUGCUGCAUAUACGUUUUUUUGGGCCUCCACACGACUGGCAUUCUGACUAUGUGAUCAACCCUGUUUCUGCUGUUCUGACAGAAAAAGAUAUUCUGUAGCCUACAAACAGCCAAAGUCACGGUUAUCAUAAGAGUCGAUCUACAGUGAAAAAACAAGAUUAGCCCAUCUCCAGGGGUGUGUGUAUGUGUGUGUGUGUGUGUGUGUGUGUGUGUGUGUGUGUUUUCUCCAAAGCCAAGAAUCCAGAUUCUAAAUUCCCACAUAGAGAGCUGCUAUCUUAAAACAAUAUUUACAUUUUCAGGAAUGCUUCCUCCCUCUCCAAAAUUUGAGUUGUAAGAAAAAGUCAUUCACAUUUUCAAACCUUCUGAUUUUCUAGAAAACUGCAGGGAAGUGAUAUUGGCAGUGACUGAUGCAUGCCUAUGAUUGAUGGCAAAUAUUUCAUAAUAAAUGCUCCAGGAAAAAGCUGUGUUCGGGCACCCAGGGUGGGCUUUUCCGCACACACUUGUCUGAGCGCUCCUUGCCUGGUGGCUGAGGGACCCAUGGCAUGUUCUCCAACACUGGAAUAACUCUGCGUCCCCAAGGACAAAUCUCCCUAAUGCCCAGCUGUCAGCCAGGAGUGCCUGAGAACCUGUUCCCUUGUUAAUUUCCAAGAGUUCUUCCUGUCAAACCUUACCUCUGGCUUUGAAAUACAAACCAAUUUGUUUAUUUCUUCCCUUUGAACUUGCUACCCUGAGAACAGUCACUAAAUCUAAAAAUAAAAUAGGCAAAGUAGCAUUGAUUUGAUGAAAAGGCAAAAAUACUAUCUUAAGUCAAGAGUAUAUUCCUAAUCACCUAGUUACAGCUGCUGGAGAAGAGAGAAAAAAAAUCAGCAUUUUUCUCAUUUAAGAAAAAAUACUUGCAUGGGAAAUUGGGGUUUUUUCCCACUGCUUUGAGGAGCACAAGUGUUUCCAAUGACCUGUGCUAUCAUAAAUUCACGUUCUCAAGUCUCUGCUGCUUGUUUUCAUCUCUUGCAGCUCUGAGGGGAGCAGCCUAUCCCAUUAGCUGUGAAGGAGCUAAGAAGCUUCCUAUACCUGAGCAAGAUACAUGUUUUCACAAAGCUUUACGUUUUCCUUUCUGUCACUGAGUUUCACAGACCAAGUACAACCAUCUUCAUCUAAGGAGCUAUUUCUCAGAAUAUGGAAAUUGAAUGCAUGAUUUCAGAGGGGUGGUUUGUUACAUUGUGGGAGGUUGUUCUUCAGGCAUCAGAUUCUACAAAGGCAAAGAGAAGAAUUAUGUACUUGUCAUGGGCUGAACAGAGUAAAGCCAACAGGCAAAGGCUAUGAGAAAGAAGCAGGGAUAUGGAGCAAGGGGAGAGGAGUUACACUCACUUCUGCCCUGUUUCUCAUUCUCAUGAUCUCUUCCUUAUAGGAUUCUUAUUUGUCUGUUAAUUUCCCAUGCACACUUGCCUGGCCUCAGUGGUCUUUGAUCAUUCUAUUAAGAGAAACAGAGUGGUAAAAGCUAAGACUCAGCAUCCAGAUAGGAGAUAGGAUUGAGGCAGAUCAAGACCUGGGGUAUGGUUUGUAGUUCCAGGGAAUGGUAAAAUUCUUGUUCUGAAAUGGAAAUGAGCUAAUUAAGUGAGAAGUAGCUCAUUCUGAAUAAAUAAGAGUAAAUAGGACAGAUGAAAGAUUCUCAAUAAGGAAAAGGGAAGGUGGUUUUUCUGGGAGAGGAGCAAGUAGGUAUAACAGCAAGUAUAAACUUAAACAAGAACAAUGGAUCUGCGUAGAAAUGGACCAGAACCUUACAAUGACACGCCCAGCAGGCCAUGAGGUAUAACCAAAAGUGACGCUGGCUGGUUACUGGCUUUUCUCUCUGGUUCACUCAUUUCCCAUAGGUUUCUCACCCUGACAACCUGAUGAGCUCUGACCUGUGAGGUCAACACAGGAUCUUCAUUUAGCAAAUGAGAAAGUCAAAACCCAGAGGUUAGUUUCACAGAUGCCACAGCCAGAACCCAUGAUUGCCAGACUCCAAAAUCUAUGAUGUCUGCUUUUCUUCAAAACAUAAUACUUUUAGUUUCUCAUAAUUUCACAGUUUGAAAAUACAGAUACACAGGAAAGUAGACUUUAACCACAAUUCCACUAUGUAAAACAGAGCAGCUCUGUCUAGUAUAAAUAUAUAAAUAAUAUAUUUAAAAUUUUUGAAUAAUCAUGUUCAAAUAGAUGAAAUCAAUUCUAAUAUUUAACAUACAAGAAAUGCAAUUUCACAUGUGAUUUCAAUAUAUAAUCAAUACAAAAAUUGAGAUACUGCAUUUUUUUCAUACUAAGUCUACAAAACUCAGUGUAGAUUUUACUUUUACAGUACAUCUGAGUUGAGAGCUGGAGGUACAUGGCUAGUGUCUACCAUGCAGGUCAGCACAGUUGAUAAUAAUCCUUCCUGCAAAGUACUAAGAAUCCCCAUUUCAUCUUCCUCCCUUUCUGCUACUCAUCCCUUUCCCAGGCACAUACACACACUCUGCCAAAUCAAGCAAGCCCUCAGGAAUCUCCCACCUAAGCUGUAUUUGCAAUAUUAUAACCCAAAACUCUGAAACCUAAUACUUUCAAGUGUGAUUUCUUGUCUAUAGUGUAGGACAGCUUUAUCUAUUCUUUUCAUAGAAAGCCUUCCACAGAAAGGAACUCCAAAUUAUUCAGCAUUUAAAUAAUUCUGCAAAUACACAGCCAUAUUUUGCACUUCUCAGUCCAAUAUUUGCCUGGUAUUCUACAAUACUGUAGAUUGUGCCAGCUACCAGGUGGGGCACCUGAAAUACACGUCCCCGCCUCAGUGAGAGGUAGGGAAAUGGCUGGUACCUUUUUUCUUGUGUUUUGAAAGGUAACUUUUGUUCUAGAAAAUGGGGCCUGGGGCAUACAAGUACAUGACAACUGUGACGCGUGUAUCCACAGGCAGCAUAAUAGAAGUUAACCUCAGUGGGGGACACCAAAGUAGCUCCCAUGUGCAAUCGGUCAUUCUAUAAUGACAGGUAAUUGCUCAUUUUUACAUUUGAAAAGAAAAAGUUCAUUAUUUUAAGUGAUACACCAUUGAGAAUAAAUACCAAGGCCAAAGGUAACUUUCUACCCUGGCUGUUUGCAAUUGGUUCAACCUCCAGUUCCAGCUAUUCCAUAGCUAAGACAGAGCUUUAAAGCCUUAUUCACGCUUUAAUACAGUAUAGUAAAGAUUUGACUAAAUUUAUGUUUUUCUGCAAUCAAUUUGGACUUGUGUAUUACACUGGGAAAAAAAUCCAUAAUGCUUUGGUCUGUGUGGUGCAGCAUGCAGCUCACAGUUAAAUAUACUGUGAACUUGAAUGAAGAUCAGUGAACUGAACUCACUCAUGUAAAGCGGGUAAACUGUUUUAACUAAAUUAUUGAUGGGUCUGCAUUAUAUUCUAGACAGCCUUGUACUCUGGGUUCUGAAAUACCUCCAUGUCUGUUUUUCUAUAUAUUUUCAUUUUUCCUUCUUGAUCACCACACUAAAAUGACAACAGCCAUUAGAUAAUGACACAGGCUCAUCUUUGACAGAAUACAAUUGUUUCAAAAACAGAAGUAAUACAGAUGCCUGACAACGUUCUGCACUGCAACCUGACAUUCCACAAGCAUUUGUGGGGGCCUGUUUGAUUUAACUUUCAGGAAUGGAUUUGGUUCUUCCUGAGGCAUGGCAGUGUUGAUGUAUCUGACACUACCCUCCAGCCUGCCACCUUUAAAGUGAGGUAUGUAUUUGUGUGUUCCCCACAACUCAUCUUAGAGUCUGAGAGAAUCAAAGAGCAGGAAGAAAACGUAAGAGACCAGCCCAUAUUCUAAAAGGAAGGAAACUGAGACCAAGUGAUUUGCCCACAAAUUCCCAGCAUCAUGCUACCAUGCUGCUCAAAUGCAGGAUUCUACCCUUGGUUGUGCAGUGAGGGUAUUCUUUCUUACUAAAGUUUUGGGCUUUUACUCCCAGUUUUAGGCUCAAGUGCUUACAAUAUGAGAUACAGUGACACGCAGGUCAACACAACAUCUCCUCCAUUGUUCAGCUUUAGAACCAGACUCUCCAAGAAUAGGCAUUCAAAAUUUUGGGAUACACAUUUCCUCUGAAAAAGCAGGUAAAACCCAGCCUGUUACCUGGAACAUGUUUAAAAAACAAAAUAUGACUUUAGGUUGCAAGCUGGUAACUUUGCCUAUAAAGAUUCCAUCUGUCCGUCCAUCCAUCCAACCACUUUCACCUUUCUGUUCAUCCAUCUAAUCAUUUGUUAUCUAUUCAUACAUCUGUCUUACAUAAGUACUUACUUUUAAAGGGCUAUUUCCUUAGGAUUAAGCAGAAAAGAUCUAGAGACUUAAUCUUCCCCCAACAGAGUACUUUGUAUGAUUUAAAUAAAUCCCAAAGUUUUCCUAGAGUUUCACUGUUGAGGACUUGAGGGUACAAUGGGAAUGUUAAGGAUGACUUGGACUUUCUUUAUUAUAGUUAGUUUGUCUUUUUCUUGACUAUUUCUGUUCCCAUUUUCCAAUUCUACUUCUGGUCACAGGAAGCAAGAAUUAAACAUUACCCACUUUUCUCUAAUUUGUAUUCCCUGUGGUCUGUUAUAAACUCCACCCUUGGUUCUUGUGAUGCAAAACUGGGGACAGCAAGAUAGCCACAGUCUGGUUUGCUAAGGGCCACGACAGUGGUCUGAGCAGUGCAGUAUGAGAGCAAGAACAGACAGCUCACCUUGCUACAGGCAGCAACAUCGAGACUACAAAUUACAGGACAGUAAGAGCCCAAGCUUUCUCAGCCACGCUGUGAAAUGGGAGAAGGCAAGAGAGUCAUAGGGCUCAGUGUGGCUGCAGCACAAGGGAGGAUGGAGACAAUGGGAAGCCAGCAUGGCUAGAGAACACUCCACCAGGUUUUGUGGAUAGUAAAUAAAUGUGUACAUACUAGAGUGAGGAACAUCUGCUCUCAACUGACAUUUAAAUAGCAAUUGCCAGUGGAAAGAAAGCAUAUGGUUAGUUGAAUGAGAAGCCAAAAAGAGACAAAUACAUCCAAUAAAAGGUUUUAGCGCUUUCUGGAUUUAUAGGUUAGUGCUUGCCAAUCUGCUUCUGUGAGCCAGUUGAGACCCUGAUUACAGGCACUGACCUUGUCUGACCUGAGAAGUCCAAUUCAGUACUAACUUUGGUACAGCUUCUAACCUCCAAGACCUUCACAAAGAAGGUCAUGUUUUAAUGUGCCUGAGUGACAGUCAUGCAGGACUACCUGCCUCUGUCCUCUCUCCUUGGCAACCACCCUCCAGUCUCUACCAUUCUGAGCCACUCUCCCCAUUCCUGUUUCUAAUUUUCUUCUGCUCUUUUUUUCUCUGCCUCUUUCCUUUUCUUUCCUCUCAUUUCCUCCACUCCUCUUUCACUUCCAUUUCUCCCCUUUCUUUUCAUGCUUUUUCAGUAUACAAAGCAAUGGCAUCUCUUUCUGAUUCUUGCUUUUUCUCUUUUUUUUUCCAUCACCACAAACCAAGCCAAGUACAGCUUUGCUAGCACAAAGCUCUCUCUUUCUAUUUUCUUCUCAGACAGUCUUGAGAAGGUAUCCAAUUCUGCUGCAGGAAGUUCCUUACUAGCAAACAGAUGGCUGCCAGGGAGUGCCAUCACCACUUAUUGUUAAGAUUGUCCAAGGAAAAUAGAGAGACUUCAGAAAUGAUACAAAUGGGACAUAUUUGAUGAUAAAGUAAAUGCACCCACACUGAGAGCCAAUUUCAUGUUCUAUAUAUAGUCUGAUCCUGUGAGGACUUGUUUGGACACCUGAUGAUGACCCAUCAACUUGGAGAGCUUUCUUUAAACAAAUUUGUCUUCUUACCCUUUUUAUUUUUGAGACAUUUUCUUUAGGAGAAGAUAGAAGAGCUACUGGGGUUUGGUUUUCAGAGAAGGGCACAGGCCACAGCUUCAAAGUGAUGUACGUACCACAGAUGGCUGCUUCUGUCCAUGAAGACAGAUGAUUCGAUGUCCCAUCCUUGCCCCAGCAAUUUGAUGGAAUCUAGGAAAAAAUGCUCUCCCCAGUGUAACUCCAUCCACCAUGUAAAGGCCAGAGACCUCUGAAACAUGGCACAGAAACAGAAUCCAAAUGGCCUGCUAUUUGCUAAGCAUUCCAUCCAUCUCAUCGUGUUGUACAAGCUUCAGUACAAGAAAAAAAGUAUAAAUUGCUACAGUCAUGAAUAUAUAUUUCUAAAAUUAGCCCUCCUGUCUGGGAGCUGUAGGACAAUCACUUGCACUCAAAGUCAAUAGCAUUUAGGGUUGUCACUGUGGUUUAGUGGCUCUGUUCCUUAUGAUGCAUGGCAAAUGAAUAAUUGGAACCUGUUAAAUAAAUAUUUUUCUAUGUGGAUCUCAA